AUCGGAAACAUUCAAAUCAGUUAGAAGACAGCUGUACAGCAUUCCUUGGCCUAGUGUGUAGCAUGGUUGCAAUUGGAAGAGCCGUACUCAAUGAGAGCCUUCAAAGUACGCAACCCAGCAACCACGCACAGCGCUGAGUGGAUUCGCCGCCAAAUUACAGAUCACUACACAAAGAAGGCACAAGUGGAUCAAUAUCGCAGUAGAGCAGCGUAUAAGUUACAGGAACUGGAUGACCGAUACCUUCUGUUCCGUAAAAACCAGAUAAUCGUAGAACUAGGAUGUUACCCAGGUGGUUGGGCACAGGUGUGUCUAGAGCGGUCUUUAACAGGUGCCUCCAACUCCAAAGUUAUAGGUAUAGAUCGCUUGCAUAUGGACCAUAUCGCUAAUUAUGACUUUAUCAAAGGAGAUAUAAAUGAUCAAAGUACACAAGCACAACUGUUCAGCGCACUCCAAGGUGCCAAAGCAGACUUGGUGCUCAGCGAUCUGGCACCCUCCUGUACAGGUAUAAAGCAAGACGACCACUUGAACUCCACGGAACUCUGUAUGCAGGCAGCGGCACUUAUGGAACGUAUCAUCGCAGUCAAUGGCUCUUUCGUUGUCAAAAUAUUCAUGGGAGGCCAAUUGAAUAACUAUCGCACAUAUCUACAGUCCCAGUUCAACACCGUACACUCAGCUAAACCACAAGCGUCGCGCUCGGAAUCUCGCGAAAUGUACUUUGUCUGCAAGGGCUUCCUAGGAACUCGCAAUAUAGCUGGCGAUGUGCAGAUCCGAGGCAGCUACUAUCCCAAAGAAGGUAGAUUAUAAUGCAGUCAAGAAAUCUAUAGGUUUUACUGAGAAGUGGUUCUAUUGCGCCAUAAAAAUAAGUGCCUUUGGAAGUUCAGAGGUAGGCACUUUGGGAAAACCUCAGUCAAUCGAUAACUGGGUAAUAUGGCCAUGUGGUUUGGUGAACUGCUUUGAAAAUAGAAGCACCCAUUUAAAC